AUGUCAUUAACAAUUAACAAUGUAUUUGGAUUACUUGGACAUACAAUUGGAUCACAUCCUAUUCUAUUUAUAGUUUUAUCACUCUCACUUUUCACUGUGUCACUUCUUGGACCAUUGCUGAGAUUGGAUAUAAGAGUGGAUAUUAAAUCAGGUUUUAAUCGUGAUAACACUGCUUCAGUAGAAGAAAUUAAUGCUCAUAAACAGUUUUUCAAUAAUACGGGUGACCCAUGGUACAUGGCGCUAUUUGCAACAACUAAUGGAUCUAUCUUAGAAACACGGAGAACUGAUGAAUUAACAACAUUUUAUAAAUAUAUUACUCAGACAAUGCCAGUGAAUGUUAACAAAUCAACCGUACAUUAUCAAAAUGAUUUGUGUGAACCAUUUUGUAAUUUUAAUUCACAACUUUGGAAUCUUUUGAAUUAUCAAUCAUUUUUUAAAAUCAUUUAUCCAUUAUCAAUAGCUGGACCGUAUAAAGUAAAUAUUGGUAGAUAUCUCUUUAAUCGUACCAUUAACGAACAAGGUAUUGUAAUUGGUGUUGGCACUGUUGCAAUAUAUUUUACAACAUUUAUCACUGACAGCAUUAAGCAAAAACAGUUGGAUGUCUUUGAAGAACAAGUUUUAAGAGAAGUAUACAAUCACAAUGCCAAUCCAAAUAGUACAAUAACAUUAAUCUUACAUGGAGCGCAUACAGUAAGCGGUGAAAUACGCCGAGGCAUACAAUUAGUGCUUCCUUAUUAUUUUACAGGAGCUGUAUUAUUAAUCGCAUUUGUUGUUAUAAGUUUAGUUUUGGCAUCAUUAUGUCAUUCAUUUCCAAUGCGACAUUUACAACUUAUUUUACCAUUCGCAGCAAUUAUUUCACCAAUUCUAGCAGCUAUAUCAGCCAUUGGUUUAAUACUUUUAGCUGGUUAUCAUAUCAAUAUGCUUAUUCUCAUAUCACCAUUUCUAACAUUAGCCACAGGUAUAGGUGUCGAUGAUGCAUUUCUAUUAACAAAUACAUGGCUCAAAUCAACAGCAAUGCCGCAUGCACUGACAACUGCUGAAAGGUUGCAGUUAGUCUUGGAAAAGGUUGGAAUAGGCAUAACGGUUACUUCAUUAACAAAUUCUCUUGGAUUUGCAUUGGGUUGUAUAGCACCAGCACCUGAAAUGCAAAUUUUUUGCGCCACAGUAUCACUUUCCAUGUUUCUUGAUUUGUUAUUCCAACUUUUCUUCUAUUCGCCGCUUCAAGUAAUAUUAUCUCAUGAUGAACCUAAAAUCGUCUACAAACAAAUUAAGCGAGAUCAACCAACAUUAUUUGAACGAAUGAAGCAAAAUGUUACUUCGCUUUGUAAAUAUUACAGUGAAUUCAUUGCAUCAGUUUGGGCAACAUUUAUUACUAUUGCAUUAUUAAUUGCAUAUUAUUAUUUUGCAAUAACCGGCAUGCAGGCAAUGGAUGCAAACGUUGAUGGCAAAAUGCUUUUGCCACCAGAUUCGCAGAGUGUUGAUGGAAUUCGAAUAAUGGAUGAAAUUAUUUGGCCAGAUUAUUUGAGUAUCAAUUAUAUUAUGCGGAAUCCACCAAAUUUCUCUAAUCCUACUGAAUUUCGCAACUUUACGCUAAUGGUUAAAGAAAUGGAGAAAUCAAAAAAUUCAUUAGGUUCAGCUGCAACAAUGCAUUGGGUAAAAGAUUAUUUACGAUAUCUUGCUAAUCCGCAUGCUACCAAACUUGACGUUUUCUUUGGAAUUUCUGGUGUAGAAGCUAAUGGAACAGCUUAUAUGGAAAAUGGUUUGGAUAUGUCACAGUUUGAUUUUUUCAUCAAUACCGAACCAUACACAGCAUGGAAAUUAGGCACUCGAUACAUGAGAGAUACACAAAAUAGGAUUGUGAUAACAUCGAUGCUACUGAUAAUGGGUUAUAAUGGUACAUCAUCAUUAUCUGAUAAAGCAAAAUUAUUACGUUCAUGCCGUGAAAUAUGUACACGUUAUGCGCAAUAUGAUAUGAUACCAUUUGAUACAGAUGCGGAAUUAGUUGAUGUUAUAUUAGCUGUACCUUCAACUACUAUUAAUACGGUAUUUUUUACGUUUGGCGCAAUAGGUGUAGUAUGCUUUAUUUUUUCCUUCAAUAUUGGAGCGUCUAUUCUUGCUAUCUUAUCAGUUGUGUCAAUCAGUACAGGUGUUAUUGGUUUCUUGCAAUAUUGGAAUUGCUUUUUGGAUCCAAUAUUAAUGGUAGCUAUAUUAAUAACAGCUGGCUUAAGUAUUGAUUAUACCGUACAUAUCAUUUUCCAUUAUGUGAUAAAUGAUUACACUGAUAAUGUUCAACGAAUUAACACUUCGCUUGAAGCCUGUGCCUUAUCAAUGUUACAAGCUGGUAUAUCAACAUUUCUUAUCAUGUUCCCGGUAUUAUUUGCUCCUAUAGGAAUUUAUGCUGUAAUAUCGAAAGCAAUCAUACUUACAGUAAUAUUUGGUUUACUGCAUGGUUUAUUUAUUGUUCCUGUAUUGCUUACUGCCCUGCCUAAUUGUUUUGCUAAGUGUUUGCCUAAUUGCUGCAUCAAACAUUAA